CUAGUUCACCUUAGUUUUUCACUUCUCUCAAAGUGCUGCUACGUUAGGGCAACAUCCCUAACACACAACCUUCAAGACCAAGUCAGUGAGAAGAGAAGAGAAGAGAAUCUCGCCAGCCAUGGCAGAACACAAAGUAGAGACCAUCUCAAGACUAGCCCAAUGGCGGAUUGACAAUGUCGGACCCGGCUCUUACAUAAUCUCCAAGCCUUUCAAGCUCGGUAACUGGAACUGGUACUUUUCUAUAGAGAAGAAUCGAUAUCUCUACAUUCAUCUGUUUCCCGAUCAAUCGCGUUCGUCUAAAGAACCACCCCCCUUCGCUCGCUUUGUGCUUCGGAUUUUGAGCUCCGCCAAUGGCCGCCAGCCUUACAUCUCCUCCCCCGUUUAUGAAAGACAGCUUCGCACGAAAGAUGAUUUUGUGUGGCCUGUUGAUUCCGGGUUCAAGGGUCCCUUAGUCAUUAGUGUAGAGUUUCUCGACUUGAAGGUAUCCCCUAUAGAUGGUGGGGAGGCUACUCCUGUAUGGCCUACUGGUGGAUUGAUGCAGUCUUUGUCAACUCAAAGCUGUCUGAAAUGCCUCUCUCGAAUGCUUGAAGAGGGCAUCCAUGCUGAUGUCACCAUAAACACAGCAGAAGGCUCUUUAAAAGCUCACAAAGCAAUUCUUUCAGCAUAUUCUCCUGUGUUCCAAAGCAUGUUCAGUCACGACCUUAAGGAAACAGUGUCCUCCACGAUUGACAUCGAAGACAUGUCACUGGAAUCUUGCACGGCCCUUGUCAGUUAUCUGUAUGGAACCAUCAAACAAGAGGAUUUCUGGAUGCACCGGUUGGCACUUUUAGGCGCAGCAAACAAAUAUGACAUUUCAGAGCUAAAAGAUGCUUGUGAGGAGAGCCUUAUGGAAGAUAUUAACUCCGGGAAUGUCCUGGAGAGGCUGCAGGAGGCUGGACUGUACCAACUGCCGAAGCUGAAGAAAGGGUGUUUGCUGUACUUGUUUGGUUUUGGCAAGAUAUUUGAUGUUAGACAUGAGAUGGAUGGUUUUUUCAAGUAUGCAGACAGAGAGUUGAUGACGGAAAUGUUUCAAGAAGUCCUUACAAGUUGGAAGCCUGCAUAAAUUACAGUGGGAGUUAUUACUGUCAUAUGCACUCAACUAUUGAUACUUGUAUAUAAAUUUGUGGGUCCUUGGGUUAUAUGCAUACCUGAGAGAUUAAGAAAGGUUUUACUGGUUUUGGAAGCACAUUCAUCUUUUAUAAAAACUCAUAUUUGGAAUUUGCUUUGAUUCAUUGAUCCUAUAAACUGAGACAUGCAGU